AUGGCUGAUGAUGCUUCAGCUUCUAUUUCAAGAUGCUCUAUAUGCCUCGAAACCUUCCGGAGAGCAGAGCAUCUGAAACGGCACAUUCUAACCCGUGAGGACCUCACACCGUCAGCACCUAGUACAUGCCCACUAACCGAUGACGCAGAUGACGACGCCAAGCGGCAUACAUGUCAUUUCUGCAUGGCCCAGUAUAAGCGUAGGGACUUUAGUGACGCCCUCCGCCGACACUGGAAAACCUGCACUGCCCGGAUUGCUGCCGGGACUGAGAUCCCUAAACGCAGUCUAUCCGGUAAGCGGAAGCAGGCCUGUGACCUGUGUACGGAGAGAAAGAGGGCCUGUUCUACGGGUUUGCCGUGCUCGGAAUGUGCGAUGAGAAAAGCCGAGUGCACAUAUCAUCGUGUCCGGUCGAGCACCCGUCUGCGCGAGUCGCUUGAAUCUGCCGGGCGAACGCCGUCUGAGACCACCAACGGAGGAAGUACAGUUCAAGGUGUCAUGGAACAGAUUCAAGCUCAGGCGCAGGGCAUUGUGUCACAUCCCCAAAACCGAUCGACCUCUAUUCAGAGUCCUCGCUUCGGCUUCCUCGCAAACUUCACAAGGGCGAAUGGGUUGAACGAGGCUUACAGCUACAGGUCACAACCGGAAACUAUCAACUUAUCAUCGUUGCCGGUGAAGGAAAAGGGUGGUGCUGACGGGGACGGCUUACAAGGAGCUACCGCUUCGGACCCGUUUGACUGCUACAUAAACGAGGUCGAGUCAUGUCUAUGGUCGGAUACGGAUACUGCCCAAGACCCUAUUGAAGAGCUGUUGUUAGCGGAAAAGGCACGUCAAACGUGGGACAGCCUGCAACGUAUCCUGGAUAGUCCCACAGCACAACAAUCCAGAGUCACGGCAAGCGAAUGGUUCGAGUUCUUCUCACCUGCAAACGCAACCCGGUACCUGCGUUUCUUCUGGACUCGAUGGUAUCAUCAUUGCCCAAUAGUUCAUAAGGCCACCUUUGACAUUAACACGUGUUCCCAUAUCUUACUCGUCGCGAUGUGUCUGAUUGGGGCAUGCAUGUCCUCUCAAGAGAUAGACCACCAGAUGGCAAAGGGGUUCUUGGAUGUGAUGGAGGAUCUCAUCUUUUCGAAUCCGUUGUUCCUGGAAUCACCGAGGCUGGGUUCGAGCAAUGAGAAUCUACUCCAGACCCGGGAGAAUAUUCAGAUCCUGCAGGCUACAUGUUUCAUGUGUCUGCUGCAAAAGUGGGAGGGGAGUUCCCAGGCCAAGUUGAGGAUGCAACGGCAUCGGUUUACGGCCUUUGUUGCGACCACCAGAGCUAUGGGACUGUCCCAAGCAAGACAUCCCCGUAUUGAUCUCAGUUCCACCGUGACUUUCGAAGCAUGGAAUGAGUACACUCUCAAAGCCGAAAUGAUCAGAACCUUCAACCACGUCUUCCUCCUCGACUCGGCAUUUGUCAUCUUCCACAAUUCCGUACCUCGCAUGGUCUUACAGGAGAUGACGAUCGAUCUGACCUGUCCAGAAGACGUGUUCCAGGCCGUGUCACCUGCCGAGUUCACGAGAGUCCUGAAGUUACACCCAGCAUGCACUGUUCCUCUGCUCACCGACUGCGUUCGCAAUCUGUGUGCGGAAACCCCGGACCCAGAUGUGAUUGCACAUCUCGGCCAUGCGGGUGCGCUGAAUCUGUUUACUAUCGCUACUGGUGAGGAGUCUCCGAAGUGA